AUGGCCGAGUCGCAUCCGGAUGCGACGAUGGACACGGAGGAAGGCGAGGAGCAGCCGUCCAAUGGCUCAGCCACGUUAACUCCAGAGCAGCAGCUGAUGGCACGCUUCAAGCUGCACAAGCAGCACCGUCAGGAUAAAGAGCGACGUCUGCAGCAAACUCGGCUAGCCGCCGCCUCUCGCGCCAGUCGCAAUGCUGCAGCGGCGUCUGGAGCUCUAAAAUCUUCUUCAAGCAAGCAGUGCAAGCCGAAAGUUGAUCUUUCACGUGUGGAUCAUAACAAUCGUCCACAUCGCUGGAAAUCCGCCGAAGAGCUGCUUCGUGAACAGGAGCGAAGAGCUCAACAGCAUCAACUCACUGCACCUGCUCCAGUGCGACCUUUUCCAGGUAGAGUGCGUAAUCAAAAUUUGGACGAUAGUCCAUCACAAAAUUUGGGCACAAAUGAAGAGGAGACUACUUUACUUGAAGAGGACAUUUUACAACUGGACCAAUCCCAAUUUCCGCUGCAUAUUUUUGAUAGUGACGAGUUCGAGGCCCAUACGCCGCAAGAAUGGCUCGAAAGGGAACGUGUCGGUGCCUCGCCGUAUUUCUUCCAAGGUGAAUGGCGAUGGAGAAGCUGUGCGAUAUUGGGCUACGACGAAAGUCGCACUCAAUAUUUGGUCCAGUUCCAAGGAUCCGAUCGACAAAAAUAUGUAAAGAGGAUCAAUUUGCGCUUCGAGAGUGAGUCCAUCAUUACGUUUGAGAGACGCGUCGCAGCGGCAAGAGAGAGAAGGGAUCAAGUUAAGGCGAUGCUGAGAUUUGAUGACUUUUUAGCGAGACAAGAUGCGUCACAAUCGAGAGCAAUGGGACGCCCCACUCUAGAACGUGUGCAUGCUCGAGUAGUGGCCGGUCUACCUGAACGUGUGGCCUUGUUGGACUCGCAACCAGCUGCGUCACUAUUACGUCAACUCACAGACACUGCUAUUCAAGAAUACAUGCGGAGUAUGAAGAAAGCGGCGCUGCUAGCUAAAUUACGCAAUGAUCCAGAUUUACAAUCAAGGUUUCAAGGUUUAGAUUUGUAUCCUGGUUCUAAAAAACAGCUAGAAUUGGGUACUGUUACAUCCGGGAACGUGGCAAUCCCAAGUCACAACUUUGACAUGAAUCGGCGGCGUGUAAGCUCCAAGACGUACACGAGCUCGCCGCAGUUACUCGCUGUGUUACGACGUAUGUACACAGGCUGGGAGAAGACGUUCCAGAAGUUAAUACUUGUCCAAAUCGACAAGGAUACCGCUAACAGUACGGAAGGUCAACGCAACGCAACAACGACACCCAGUUUAGCGUCCCAAAUGCCGUUCCGCGUCCUAGAUUUCCAGGCUCUACAAGCUGCGCAUGCCAACAAAGUGGCCGAGAUCCUAUUGGUGGAUUGGAGACGUGCUCUGGUCGAGAAUAUCAUCGAUAAUCUGCAAGACCACUUCGAUCUAUUCCUCUCGGAUCGCGUAAGCUACGACUCUAGUCGACUCAAACGAGUGCUCACUGGACUGGAACUGCGUCUGGCAGCUCAACUACGUCAAGUUGUACGUCGCUCAAUCGACGAAUGGCUAGCGCUAGAGCACACGAUCCGAGCGCCUCGUAGCUCGCUAUUCAGCGUCCAAUUAGCGUUCGUGAACGACCAAGUGAUCGUGGAACCGUCCGCGCAGGACGUGACGGCGGCGUUGCUUGAACCGCUCGACGCAAUCGCCGCCGCAGUCCAGGAAAUCGACCGCCUGGACUGCGAUAUCAUGGGCUUGUUGUCUCUGGAUCGCAAACCAUUACUUGACUUUAGUGUCGACUCGGGAACGGGUCGAGAUAGCGCAAGUCGUCGAGCUGUCGUAGCCGAAUGUUUAGACGCUCUACAAACCGCGAAAGACGCAGUGUGUGCAAGUGUGGACCACGCGAUGCAGGCAGCCCACGCGCUUGCUGCCCAGUUCGCCGUGUACACGGCCUUCGUGCACUUCGAUGCGUCUGCGUUCCUCGCAGAGCUGCAGCCAAUACAGCAACAAGAACUGCAGCUCUUGAAGCAAGACAAGACGCCGGAAGACCAGUACUUGCCGCGCUUGUGUGCGCAGAUCCGCCGAUUCCACGAACUGGCCUUCCGCGUGGACGUCAUCGCCUUCGACUUCGUGGCGUUGCCGCUUGUGUGUGUGCACACCAGUGCGUUAAAGAAGCAGUUGCGCGCUAGGUCUCUGGAGCUACGCGAUACGCUCAUCUCGAGCUUAGUACGUGACGCACGGGCGCAGAACUUGGCCAUCACGGCGCGAUACGCGGCGAUUCUAGCGCGUAUCAACGAGAAGCCAACGAACGAGGCGCAGCUGGCCAGACUCAAGCAGUUCGUGAGCGAGAGCAAGGCCGUGAUCGCCGGGAUCCAGCGCGAAGUGGCCGCCAUCCACGUGCGCUUGGACGCGCUGAACGAGUUCUCGCACAAGCUCUCGGCUGAGGACUUUACACUGGCGCAUUCGACGAAAGAAUGGCCGCUGAAAGUCGCGCAUGCGGCGGACUCGUGCGAUUCGGCACUAGAAGAGGACAAGGUGCGUAUGAUGGACCGCUUAGCGCUGGAAAAAGAGGCGUUCGAGCUGGAUCUGGAGCAUUUUGAGGGCGACGUCCGAGCGUUCACGCGAUACGGCGAAGUGGAGCACACAGACAAGUACGUGGAGCAGGCAGUCACGCUGUUUGACGCGCUACAAGACGCGCGCGCAAAGGCUCAAGACUUUAACGCUCGAGAGGCCGUGUUCGGCUUCCCACCGACCGAAUACACGCCGCUGUUGGCCAAGCUGGAAGGAGACUUCGCGCCGUAUUACAAGCUGUGGACUAUGAGCUCCGAGUUCCAUUCUAGUCGCCAGACGUGGCUCAACGGCUCGUUCCUGGAGCUCAAAGGAGGAGCCAUUGAAGCGCUCGUGACGGAGUGGUGGAAGGCGUCGUAUAAGCUGAGCAAGUCGCUCGUCGACGACGCACCUGGAUCCGCUGAAGUCGCGCUGAUACUACGCGAACGAACGGAGGAGUUUAAGGCGUACUUGCCCGUGAUCCAGUCGCUGGCUAGUCCGGCCUUACAAGAGCGUCAUUGGGAGAAACUGCGUCACACUAUCGGCUUCGAGGAGGCUGAAGAGGAGUUGACGCUGCAGCUUUUACUGGAUCGUGGCAUCACGCAACAUCUAGAGACGAUCCAGGAGAUCGGGACGUUCGCAGAGAAGGAAUACUUGCUUCAGAAGAGCUUGAGUGCGAUGAUUGCCGAGUGGGAGAAGGUCGAGUUCCAGACGGCGGCGUACCGCGAGACCGGCACGUAUUUACUGCGCAGUACAGACGAGAUCGUGGCGUUAUUGGACGACCAUUUAGUCAAGACCCAGACGAUGCGUGGCUCUCCGUACAUCAAGAGUAUCGAGAAGGAUUGUAAGGCUUGGGAGAAGAAGUUGCAGUACUCGCAACAGCUUCUGGAUGAGUGGAUGGCCUGUCAACGUACGUGGCUCUAUCUCGAAGCCAUCUUCAGUUCUGAAGACAUUAUGCGGCAGAUGCCCACCGAGGCACGUCGCUUUGCCAGUGUGGACGCGUUGUGGCGGAAAAGCAUGGAAGAUACCGUUGCCGAGCCAGCGUUUCUAACAGUUAUCGCUAUGGAUAAGCUACUCGCCAAGUUCCAACGCGCUAACGAGAAACUGGACGAGAUCCAGAAAGGGCUGAACGAUUAUCUCGAGAUGAAGCGUCUGCACUUCCCUCGCUUCUUCUUCCUCUCGAACGACGAGCUGCUGGAGAUCCUGUCGCAGACCAAAGAACCGCGAGCUGUGCAGCCUCACUUGGGCAAAUGUUUCGAGGGCGUCUUCAACGUAACAUUCCAAGACGGACCUCCUUUGUUGAUCACGGAGAUGCGUUCGGCGGAAGGGGAAAUUGUACCGCUGAGACUACCAGUCAGUCCCGAAAGUAACAAGAACAAAGGCAACGUCGAGAUGUGGCUAUUGGAAGUCGAACAGAGUCAAUGGGACAGUAUUCGCGACCAAACGGAGCGAUCUAUGGCGGCGUAUCCACUGGAACAACGCGAGACGUGGAUGCUGAAAUGGCCAGCGCAAGUGGUGCUCGCUGUCUCGCAGGUCUACUGGACACAGGACGUGACUCGAGCUCUUAAUCUUGGGAAUGGACUCAACGGUAUCAAAGAGUACGUCCAAGUGCUGAACACGCAGCUGGACAAGAUCGUCAUGCUCGUACGUGGUAACUUGACCAAGCUGGAGCGAACGACUAUCGGCGCGCUGGUGGUUAUCGACGUCCAUGCACGCGAUACGAUCUCGCAUAUGAUCGAGAAGGACGUGGAGAGUGACCAGGACUUUGAAUGGAUCUCCCAACUCCGGUAUUACUGGACCGAAGGUGUAAAAUCCGCGGGUGUGUUCGACUUACAAGCGCGGAUUGUGAACGCGCGAGUGCGAUACGGAUACGAGUAUCUGGGCAACACCAUGCGGCUCGUUAUCACUCCACUGACCGACCGAUGCUACCGGACAAUGAUGGGCGCUGUGGAUUUAAUGUACGGUGGCGCACCGGAAGGUCCGGCAGGAACGGGCAAGACGGAGACGGUGAAAGAUCUGAGUAAGGCAAUUGCGAUCCAGUGCGUGGUGUUUAACUGCUCCGACGGGUUGGAUUACUUAGCGAUGGCCAAGUUCUUUAAAGGCCUGGCUGGAUGUGGCUCGUGGUGCUGUUUCGACGAGUUUAAUCGUAUCAACAUCGAGGUUUUAUCGGUGAUUGCUCAGCAGAUUCUGACCAUUAACGAGGGCAAGAAAGCGGGCGUGGACAAGUUUUUAUUCGAAGGAACGUUCAUUAAGCUUAACGCCAGUGCCAACGUGUUUAUCACGAUGAAUCCGGGCUACGCGGGGCGUGCGGAGCUCCCGGAUAACCUUAAAGCGCUGUUCCGUCCGUGUGCUAUGAUGGUACCGGACUACGCCUUAAUCUCGGAGAUUCGACUGUACUCGUUCGGCUUUGCUAAAGCUCGUAGCAACGCCCGGAAACUCACUCAAGUGCUGCAAUUGGCGUCGGAACAGCUAUCGUCGCAGAAGCAUUACGACUACGGUAUGCGCGCAGUGAACUCCAUCCUUGUAGCGACUGGUGCAUUGCGACAACAGCUCGGCAACGACCCGUUCUGGACGGAAGAUAAGAUCGUCUUGCGCUCGGUACAAGACGUCAAUCUGCCCAAGUUUACGUCCGAUGACUUGCCUUUAUUCCGCGGUAUCACGUCGGAUUUAUUCCCCGAUGUGUUACUGCCUUUACCGGACCAUGGCGCAUUGUUACGUCACAUUGACGAGACGUGUGAACGAGGGAUAAGUAUCGUACCGGACGUCACCAUUCCGCUCGAAUGUAAACCCGAAUUUAAGAUGAAAGUUGUGCAGUUCUACGAGACGGUACAGGUGCGCCAUGGUCUCAUGAUUGUCGGCACGACGGGGUCGGGUAAGACGUGUGUGGUGCACUCGUUAGCCACUGCCAUGACGUCGUGUUAUAACGAGGAACUCGAGCUACAAGAAGAGAAGGGUACAAAAGGUGCGUCGACGCUGCAACAGCGUGUGAAUAUCCACACGAUGAACCCGAAGGCCAUCACGAGUGGCCAAUUAUACGGCAACUUUGACGAGAACACGCACGAAUGGUCGGACGGAGUGCUCGCUUGCACGUACCGUACCUGCGCGCGAGAUACGAGUUCGGAAUUACAGUGGGUUAUGUUCGAUGGGCCUGUGGACGCUGUGUGGAUUGAGAAUAUGAACACGGUACUGGAUGACAACAAGAAGCUCUGCUUGAUGAGUGGAGAGAUCGUCAAGAUGACGGACAGGAUGCGGAUGGUGUUCGAGACGGAAGAUCUGGAAGAAGCCUCUCCUGCUACCGUCUCUCGUGUUGGCAUGGUGUUCUUAGAAGCCAAGGUACUUGGAUGGGAAGUGCUGGUACGGACAUGGCUACAUACACGGUUACCCAUGGCCUUUACGGCUCAUAGUGAGUAUCUGGAAGAAUCGUUCCGUUGGAUUGUACCUCCGAUACUUUAUUUCGUGGAUAAACACUGUACUGUCCCCACUCCUGUGACGUUCCUGGAGCAUGCUGCGUCGUUGUUGAGACUCUUUGAGUGUGCUCUUCGAGAUGGCUUCCCAGAGCCAAGUGAGAACUCUACGGCACCGUCUUCUGCUCCGACUGGGGCGGAUGCACAGCGUGUUCUGGAAUGCCUACUUAUCAAGGCGGUUAUCUGGUCGAUUGGAGCUUGUAUCGACUCGAAAUCUCGCCGCGUUUUCGAUAGAUACUUGCGCGAUUUCCUCUCCGCUGAAUUGGCUGUCGCCGUGGCCACUGCCGAGAUGCAUACCGAACCUGUAGACGAAGAUACAGGGGUCCCCACGUCGCCCUCUUUGCUUUACUUUAAGGACUUUGUGGCCAAAUCUCCGUCCUAUAUGCUUCUACCGGACCGAGUAACAAUGCUCCAAAUACCCGACGACGGACUGGUAUACGACUACCGGUUUGAUGCUCGACGUUGCGUGUGGGUCAACUGGAUGGAAGCUUCGGGAGCGUUCGUGAUCCCUCGAGACGCUCAGUUUACGCAGAUUCUUGUGCCUACGAUCGACUCGGAGCGGAACGCGUGGCUGAUAGACACACUGAUCCGUCACCAUUUCCACGUCCUCUGUACCGGUGAUACCGGUACAGGCAAGUCUGUGUCGAUUAAGAAGAAACUUCUUAGUGGCUUGAAUGACCCUUCAGGUAGCGACACACCGCCCAAGUUCGCGUCUUCGAUAUUCCUCAACUUCUCGGCUCAAACUGGCGCGAACCAGACGCAAGAUUUGAUCGAAGCGAAGUUGGAUAAACGACGCAAGGGCGUGCUGGGUCCUCCGCUAGGACAGAGCUGUGUUAUCUUUGUGGACGAUCUCAAUAUGCCGGCAAAAGAGACGUACGGAGCUCAACCUCCGAUUGAACUUCUACGCCAAUGGAUGGGCCAUGGAGGCUGGUAUAACCGCAAGGAUAACUCGUUCACUCAACUGGUAGAUAUCCAGUUUCUCGCUGCUAUGGGACCUCCUGGAGGUGGACGGACACGCAUAACACAACGUUAUGUGCGGUAUUUCAACCUUAUCAACUUUGUACCGUUCGAUAACGACUCGCUCCGAGCCAUUUUCACGCGAAUCACGGACUGGUUUCUACUUAACUUCCCACAGGCAGUUAAGCAACUGGGAGGCGCGGUUGUCAGUGCGACGAUCGACGUGUAUAACACCAUCUCGCAGGCAUUGUUACCCACUCCUGCGAAGUCGCAUUAUACCUUUAACUUGCGUGAUUUAUCCAAAGUUUUCCAAGGUGUCGCACAGGCUUCGAUUGACUCGAUCAAGGACGGUAAAGACUUUGUUCGACUGUGGAGUCACGAGUGUCUACGCGUCUUUUCUGACCGUCUUAUCGACGAAAAAGACCGCGACUGGUUUGCCGAUAUACUGGCAAAAACCGUUAAGUUACACUUUGAUUUGCAAUAUACGGCUCCAGAUGUACGCGGACCGAAUGCAACGUUAAUUUACGGCAACUUUGGCGGCGCCGGGGAUGGAAAAAAUGGGGUUAAACACUAUGCAGAGCUGCGCAAUCGGGAGAAAUUACAGAUGGCCAUGCAGGUAUUUCUGGAAGAUUAUAACAAUAUGAGUGCUGCGCCCAUGCGACUUGUACUAUUCCAGAAUGCUAUUGAGCAUGUGGCGCGUAUUUCUCGCGUGAUUCAUCAGCCAUUGGGCAACGCGCUGCUAGUUGGCGUGGGCGGGAGCGGCCGUAAGAGCCUCACGACGCUGGCUGUGUUCAUGGCGGAGUUCAAAUUGUUCCAGAUUGAGAUUUCUAAAUCUUAUUCUAGAACGGAGUGGCGUAACGAUAUCAAAAAGGUGUUACAGUUAAGUGGGUUAAAUAACCAACCGACCAUCUUCCUGUUCUCAGACACGCAGAUCGUGGAAGAAGCCUAUCUGGAAGAUAUCAACGGACUGUUAAACACUGGAGAAGUGGCCAAUCUAUGGGCGAACGACGAGCUGGUACAGAUGAACGAAGCGUUAGAACCUGCAGCUACUGCGUCUGGUGUUAACGCUGGUAAUAGUGCGGAGCUGUACAACUUCUUUGUGAGUCGCUGUCGUACGAAUCUCCACAUUGUGCUGGCGUUAUCACCGAUCGGUGAAGCUUUCCGUCGUCGCCUGCGUAUGUUCCCGUCGCUGGUUAAUUGCUGUACUAUUGACUGGUUCGCAGAGUGGCCUGACGAAGCUUUGCGCUCUGUAGCGGAUUAUUUCCUUGUGGAUAUCGAGUUACCCGCUCACGUUAAGGUUGGAAUCGUGGAUGUGUGUGUAGGAAUGCAAGAAAGUGUGAGUGCUCUUACUGGAGAUUUCUUACAGUCUUUACGUCGAUACUACUACGUGACUCCGACGUCGUAUCUCGAGUUACUUAACACGUUCAAAAAGCUGUUAAAUAACAAAUGUGUCGAGGUGAUGACGAUGAAACAGCGAUAUGAUAACGGCUUAACGAAACUCAUGGAGACUGCCGAGCAAGUGGAGAAGAUGCAGGUGGAACUGGAGGCCUUACAACCGUUAUUAAAAGUGGCUACAAUCGAGACUGACGCCUUGUUAGAAACCAUCUCACGAGAACAGAAAGAAGCUAAUGCCACCAAAGAUAUCGUCGGUGCAGAGGAGAAGCUGUGCAAUGAACAAGCCGCAGAGGCGAACGGUAUUAAGGAGAGCUGUGAGGCGGAGUUGGCUGAGGCCAUCCCAGCGUUAGAGAACGCAGUUAAAGCGCUGCAGACGCUAACGAAAGGUGACAUCACCGAGAUUAAGGCCAUGAAAAAGCCUCCUGAUGGCGUGAAACUCGUUAUGGAAGCUGUGUGUAUCAUGAUGCGCGUACCGCCAGUUAAAGUGAAAGACCCAGCCGGUGGCACGAAGAAAGUGGAUGAUUACUGGGGACCGGCACAGAAGACGCUGUUGGGUGACACGCGCUUCUUACAGAACUUGUUAGAGUACGAUAAGGAUAAUAUCCCAGUGGAAGCUAUGGAUAAAGUGCGUCCGUACGCUGCGAAUCCGGAUUUCCAGGCUGACAAGAUCCGGAAAGCGUCGGUAGCGGCUUCCGGACUCUGUAGUUGGGUACACGCCAUGGUAGUGUACGACCGAGUAGCGAAGGUGGUAGCCCCUAAACGUGAAGCUCUAAAAGCCGCCACGUUGGCGCUAGAGAAGGCGCAAAGUGAACUCAAGGUCAAGCAAGAUGCGCUGCAACUUGUGCUGGAUAAAGUAGCGCGACUGGAAGAGGAUCUGGCAGCGGCGUAUAAGAAGAAGAGCGAUCUAGAAUUCCAAGUGGAUGACUGUUCCAAAAAACUAUCUAGAGCCACACAACUUAUCGGCGGCUUAGGAGGAGAGAAAGCACGUUGGAGUGACAUGUCGGCCCAGUUACAGAUAGUGUACGACAACGUUGUGGGCGAUAUCAUGUUGGCGUCCGGGGUUAUCGCCUAUCUAGGAGCAUUUACCAGUGUGUACCGUGAACGUGCAGUGGAUCAGUGGAGCUCCGAGCUCACUAAACAGAAUAUUACUUGCUCGAAGACUUUUACCUUAACGGAAACAUUAGGAGAAGCGGUGCAGAUCCGAGCCUGGACGAUCGCCAAGCUGCCGAAUGACUCGUUCUCGAUUGAUAACGCGAUCAUGUUACAACGUAGUAAUCGCUGGCCGUUAAUGAUUGAUCCACAAGGACAAGCGAACCGAUGGGUUAAGAACAUGGAGGAGAGUAACAAUCUCAAGGUUGUUAAGCAGUCCCAAGCAGGCUUUGUACGCAUGUUAGAAAACUCGAUUAUGAUUGGUGCAGCUGUCUUGAUUGAGAAUAUUCCCGAAGAAAUUGACCCCAUGUUGGAGCCGAUUCUGUUAAAACAAAUCGUUAAAACCGGCGGCGUGGCGACUAUCCGAUUGGGCGAUAAUACCGUGGAAUACGACGCGAACUUCCGGCUUUAUAUGACGACCAAGCUGCGAAACCCUCACUACCCUCCGGAGACGUGUGUGAAGGUUAAUUUGUUGAACUUUAUGGCAACCGAAGAAGGUCUACAGGACCAAAUGUUGGGCAUUGUGGUGGCGAAAGAGGAGCCGGUAUUGGAGCAACAACGAGAGAAAUUGGUGCUGGAAGACGCUGCCAAUAAAAAGACAUUGAAAGAGAUUGAAGACCAGAUACUGUACUUGCUUCAAACUGCGAAAGGGAAUAUUCUGGAUGAUGAGCGAUUGAUCGAGACGCUCGGAGCGUCGAAGAUUACAGCCAAUAAAAUUGAAGAAAAAGUCCGUGAAGCUGCAGUGACGCAGCACAUGAUCGCCGAGAAACGUCAAGGGUACUUGCCCGUGGCCUUCCGAGCGUCGCAGCUUUUCUUCUGUAUUGCGGACCUUACCGUGAUCGACCCGAUGUACCAGUACGCGCUGGAAUGGUUCAUUAAUCUCUUUGUGUUCUCAAUCAGUCGAGCCGAGAGCUCGUCGGUAUUGGCCACACGACUCGACAAUCUCAACGACGCAUUUACAUUCAUUCUGUAUCAGAAUGUAUGUCGCUCUUUGUUUGAAAAAGACAAACUACUGUUCGCUUUCUUAUUGGCGAUUAAAAUUCUCGUCGGAAACGGUACGAUCGACGGUACUGAGUUACGGUACUUCUUUACCGGUAAUACCCAGAUGGAUCUCCAGAAACCCAAACCAGUAGGCUCGGAAGUGUGGCUAAACGACAAGACGUGGGCAAAUAUCGUCGGACUGGAUGCAUUACCGUCUUUCACCGGUUUUAGUGAUGCAUUCGCUAAAGACUUGGCGCUCUGGGAGGUGUCUUAUAACGCUACCGAUCCAGCUGAGACGUUGAUGAAUAUCCCAGUAGUUGCAGCUUUAGACGCGUUCCAACGUAUCAUCGUGUUACGCUGUAUACGACCGGAUAAGGUGAUCCCUGCCGUCAUGUCUUUUGUAGCGACAGAAAUGGGUCAACGCUUCAUCGAGCCUCAACCUUUCGACCUAAAAGCUGGCUUCGACGACUCGAACUGUUCGACUCCGCUUAUCUUUGUGCUAACACCAGGUGCCGACCCCAUGUCCGAGCUGCUUAAACUGGCGGCCGAACUCGGUUUUAACAAGAAGUUCGUGGCCAUUUCACUUGGCCAAGGACAAGGACCAUUGGCUGAAAAUGCCAUCGCCGAAGCUAUCGACAACGGUACUUGGGUCUGUCUCCAGAAUUGCCAUUUAUCGGUAAGUUGGCUGCCUACUUUGGAGAAAAUUUGCGAGGAGAUCACACCGGAUCGCGUGCAUGCGAGCUUCCGUCUGUGGCUUACAAGUGAGCCUACACGUGCCUUCCCGUCGUACAUCCUUCAACAUGGCGUAAAAAUGACUAAUGAGCCGCCGAAAGGAAUGCGAGCGAAUUUGAAAGGUUCGUACUUAACGAUUGAUGACCAGUGGGUAGCAACUUGUAAGCGUCCUCGAGAGUUCAAGAAACUCUUGUUCGGUCUCUGCUUUUUCCACGCUGUGGUGCGAGAACGCACCAAGUUUGGACCAUUGGGGUGGAACAUCAGCUACGUGUUCUCGUCGUCUGAUUUGGCCAUUUCUAAGGACCAAUUGAAGAUUUCGCUGGAUGAUUUGCAGCCAGAUGACCCCAUCCCGUACGCGGCGUUAGCGUACUUGGCGGGUGAAUGCAAUUACGGCGGUCGAGUGACAGACGAUAAGGAUCGACGAUGCUUAACCACAAUCCUCUCGGACUUCUACACACGCGAUAUCUUGUCGGACAGCUACACGUUCUCACCUUCGGGUUUGUACUACGCUCCGUCUGCGGACGGUUCGUUGUCGGUAUUCCUGAACUUCAUUGACCAACUGCCUAUGAGCGAGGGACCCGAGGUCUUUGGUCUUCAUGACAACGCCAACAUCUCCACAGCUAUCGCGGAGACGAAUUUACUACUGGAAUCCGCUCUGUCCUUGCAGCCACGAGGUGCAUCUGGAGGCGGCGGUGCAGCCAAGUCGUGGGAUGAAGUAUUGGACGAAACAGCACGCGACAUCGCGGCCAAGUUGCCUUCACUCUUUGACAUCGAGAAGGCGGAACUCGCGUUCCCAGUGUGUUAUUCCGAGUCGAUGAACACGGUACUAACGCAGGAACUUGGACGCUUUAACCGGUUACUGGCGUUACUUCAGGUAUCGCUGGUGGAGAUCCAGAAGGCGAUUAAGGGACUGGUCGUCAUGUCUGCUGAGCUAGAAGCCAUGGGGAAUAGCAUGGUCAAUGGCCACGUACCGGCGCGUUGGUCUGCUGUAGCGUAUCCGUCGUUGAAGCCAUUGGGCAGCUGGGUUACGGACUUCUUGGCACGCUUAGCGUUCUUACAGAACUGGUUAACACUCGGUAAGGCUCCACCGGUGUAUUGGAUCUCGGGCUUCUUCUUCACACAGGCAUUUAUUACCGGAACGCAGCAAAAUUACGCUAGAAAACAUAAACUUCCUAUCGACCAAGUAGGUUACGACAUGGUCACGGGUGCCUACGUGGACGGUCUCUUCUUAGAGGGUGCACGCUGGGAUGCGAAGACACACACCCUGGCGGAAUCCAAACCUCGUGAACUAUAUGUGCCACUACCAGUUCUGCACUUGCUACCUAAAGCUCGUGACCAGAUCGAACCUAUCGAAGACACAGAUCCCAAGGGGACCGCGCACGUGUAUCUCUGUCCAGUGUACAAGACGUCCAAGCGUCAGGGAACGUUGUCAACUACUGGACAUUCGACGAACUUUGUCAUGUCGGUAAGACUGCCCAUGAGUGAAGAACACCGACAGAAACAUUGGAUUAGGCGGGGUGUCGCCUUGCUCACCCAACUCGACACGUAA